CUGGGCCCAGCGGGGCCGCGGGUGCUGCCGGGAAGAGCAUACGUGUGGGAAACCAGGUCCGGUGCUGCGAGGAUGGCGGUUCAACGAGUGUUUGCACUCUCCUGUGUGGUGCAGCAGUAUGCCUGGGGGAAGUUGGGGUCCAACAGUGAAGUGGCCCUACUGCUGGCCAGCAGUGAUCCACUGGCCCAGAUCUCAGAGGACAAGCCAUAUGCAGAGCUGUGGAUGGGAACCCACCCCCGGGGGGAUGCCAAGAUCCUUGACAACCACAUCUCACAGAAGACCCUAGGCCAGUGGAUUGCUGAGAACCAGGACUCGUUGGGGUCAAAGGUCAAGGACACUUUUAAUGGCCAGCUGCCCUUCCUCUUCAAAGUGCUUUCCGUUAAAACGGCCCUGUCCAUUCAGGCACAUCCUAAUAAGGAGCUGGCAGAGAAGCUGCACCUCCAGGCUCCAGAGCACUACCCCGAUGCCAACCACAAGCCGGAGAUGGCCAUUGCCCUCACCUCCUUCCAGGGCUUGUGUGGCUUCCGGCCAGUUGAGGAGAUUGUGACCUUUCUGAAGAAGGUGCCUGAGUUCCAGUUUCUGGUUGGAGAUAAUGCAGUGACAGAGCUGAAGCAGAGUAUGAGCCAUGACUCCCGGGCUGUGGCCUCCGCUCUGCAGAACUGUUUCUCCCACUUGAUGAAGAGCGAGAAGAAGGUGGUAGCAGAGCAGCUCAACCUGUUGGUGAAGCGGAUCUCCCAGCAAGUGGCUGCUGGAAACAACAUGGAAGACAUCUAUGGAGAGCUCUUGCUGGAGCUGCACCAGCAGUACCCAGGGGAUAUCGGUUGCUUUGCCAUCUACUUCCUGAACCUGCUUACCUUGAAGCCGGGGGAGGCCAUGUUUCUGGAGGCCAAUGUGCCCCAUGCCUACCUGAAAGGAGACUGCGUGGAGUGCAUGGCGUGUUCAGACAACACAGUGCGUGCCGGCCUGACACCCAAGUUCAUUGAUGUGCCAACUCUGUGUGAAAUGCUCAACUACACCCCCAGUCCCAGCACGGACAGGCUCUUUCCCCCAACACGGAGUCAGGAAGACCCUUACCUCUCCAUCUAUGACCCCCCUGUGCCAGACUUCACUGUUAUGAAGAUCGAGGUCCCUGGCUCUGUCACUGAAUACAAGGUCUUGUCAUUGGACUCUGCCAGCAUCCUCCUGAUGGUGCAGGGGACAGUCACAGCCAGCACGCCCACAGGCCAGGCACCCAUCCCCCUGCAGCGUGGUGGGGUGCUCUUCAUUGGGGCCAACGAGAGUGUCUCACUGAAGCUUACUGUGCCUAAGGACCUGCUGAUAUUCCGAGCCUGCUGUUUGCUAUAGAGGCUAUAGCCUCUGCAGUUGCCCUAGAUGUAGGCCAGCCUCACCUCCUCAGGCCCAGCCUAAACCCCUUCCCUGCUCUGGACUCUUCAGGUACACCCUGGAAGGUCUGGGGAAGAAAACAAUCACACAGAGGAAUGAGCUAGAAGGUAAUGACUCUGAGCAACCCCAGGUUGAACCAUCCUCUUUGGAAGACUAAGGACCAACGCUCCUCACACCUGAGCCAGGCUCGCCUAUGACCGACAUUAGCAUCACCCAGAGCAAGAGGCUAGGUAAUUACUAUCUGCGAGCAGGGCUCUGGCUGUGGGACUGCCUGCUUCCUCAGCGGAAGAGAAGGCAGGCAGGAAGGCCUGUGGACUGACGUUGCUCAUCCUCAUCCUCUUACUGUGUCAAAGCAAUUAAAGAUCCCGUGUUGUGGCUGCGGGGUGACGAGC